AUGGUGCGUUCAUGGCUGGCUGAGGAGUUGAAAGUUGGGACCACCACCCUGGAGCCGUUCUGGCCAGUCUUCCUGGCGGGAGGCCUCUGCUUCUACGUCUUGGGCCUGGGCUUGGGAAAGACCGCGGAGAUCGAAGGGAAGGUCACCUCCCCAGGGCCUGCACAGCCCGGUGCCACGACAAGCCUCCUCGCCGUGGCGGUCUUCGCAGUGUAUGUAGUUUCCUACAGCUCACAGGGCCUGAUCUGGGAGUUCCACAAGCUGACAGAAGCUUCCUUGCUGGUUGUGCAAGCACAGAUUGUGCUGGUCUCAAAGCUUCUUUGCAUGGCUCUUGGCGCCGGGCACGCAGCGAGCAUCGGGUCCUUCUCGCGGUGCUUUGAGGUUCGCAACAUUGCGAGAUAUUCGCUACCCGGCUUCUGCUUCGGCUUCUACGAAGUCUUCAAGAUGAUGGCCCUCCAAAAGAUCAGUGCUGGCUCGGUGCAAGUCCUGUUGCAGUUUCAGCUGAUCCCAAUGGUGCUCCUCCGGAGCCUCGUCUUCCGAAGCGCCUUGCAGCCGGCGGACUGGACCCUGCUCCUCGCGCUGACUUGCGGCUGUGCAGGCUUCCAGUACACUCAUGAUGCUGCGUCUGUGAUGGGCUCGGCGUACACUGCCAUUUCCAUGGGCUUCAGCGUUCUAGGCAAUGUCCUCGGUGAGUAUCUGUUGACCUCAGAGCAUCAAGAACCCGUGGUGCUUCAAAAUACUUGGAGUUUGGUCAGUGAGUCCUUGGCGGCCAUAGUUGUGAUGCUUUUGGACAGGAGCUCCAACAACAACGUUCUCAUGUUGCCUUCGUGGUCGCCGCUGAUUUGGACUCUCGUCGUUGCUGGCGCAUUGCACACUUUGGUGUCGACGACCGCUUGCAAGGUGAAUGGCUCCGUAGCAAAGACCAUAGCUGCCAACAUCUCCACCGUCUUCCCCACUUGGGUGGUUUUGAUGCUGAUGGGAGUGGAGUCUGUCUACGAUGUUCCCAAGAUUCUCUUCGGCCUGGUGGUGCUCACAACAUCCGCUACCUUUACCCUGAAGAACGAGAACUGCCUGGAAUCUUAUGUAGUGCAAGGCCGCACGUGGCCUACACAAUACCCCAAGAACUUUGGUGACGUUUUGUCUUGGGUGUGCAGCAAAAUGUCACGCGCGUUGUGCCAGAUUGCCGUGCAGCUGGACUACUACAUGUCUGCGCAGUUUGCAGGCAUUGCUCUUGCUUGCCGUCGAGGUAUUUAUGAGAAAGCUGGGCUGAAAGUCAACCUACUUCCCAGUUGCCCUCCCGGAGAUGAAGCUGCUAAAGUCUGUGAAGGCUUCUCGAAAGAUGCCUCGAAGCUGCAUGUGGGCAGCAUGGAGCAGAACACACUCAUCCCAGCCGCAGGCGGCACAGCAGGCGACCACAGCAUCAAAGCGGUUGCUGCAAUGUUUGGCCGUUCCCCUUUGUGCUUGGCAGCAAUGCCAGAUGUUGGGCUACGGGGCAGACUUCACGAGAAUCCCCAUGGACAUGGAUUGCGCAUUGCAGCACACACGGAUACCAUUGACCUCCUGAAGCGCAUUCUUCCGGGGGCCGAUGUCUUGGACGUUCCCCGCACCCAGAAGCUCAGCGAGCUCAGGGAGGGAGGUGUCGAUGCGGCACAGGCCUAUGACGUCACCGAGACCCUACGACUGGGGCAGGAGUUGGGCUCGCAGCCGGAUGUCAUUCCGCUGCAGGGCAUUGCCUUUCCCGGCGUGACCCUUGGCUACUCCCAAGUCCUCUUCGUGCCUACGGAUUCCUUGGCGAUGCACCGAGAGUCCCUCCAGACCUUCUUGAGGGCGACGUUCACUGGUUGGAGCCAAGCCUUGCGAGACCCCGAGGCGGCAGCCGAGGCGGUCUUGGCUAUGCAAGGUGCGGAGGACGCGGAGGAGCUUUCUGUGGACCACUACUUUCGAUCCAAGGAAUUCACCGCGAGCAGCGUCCGCCUCUGCUGCGACUACGUCAAGCGAACGCGGCGCUGCGGGCAGUUGGGGGUCAUCGAUGCGGAGCGCUGGGACUCGGCGAACAGGUGGCUGCUUCCCAGCGACUUCCCCAAGAAGGGCCACUGCCUCGAUACGACGGUGUGGAAUCAGGAUGCCCACUACGUCGAUGCCCAGCCGGUGGUGGACCGCAUCUACGAGGAGACUCUUGGCCUGGUUGAGAAGUCCAAAGAACUCCACGGGCGAGCUCCGAGGUUGUCGGUGGUGACCGUGGGCACCGGUCCCUUGGGAAGUACGCACCCGGAUGGCCCGAAACGCCUGCAGUACUUUGCCCCGGAAGAUGCGAGCUGGUUCUCCAAGGCAAAGAGCGGAAAUGCCAUCGGCAUCGACGUCAAGGAGAUCCACCUGCCAGAGGCAGCGCCGACAGAGCGCUUGGUGAAGGUCUUGCAGAAGGAGCAUGAUGCGGAUGGCCUUCAGCUCAUGUGGCCUCUUCCUCCUCAGAUCAAGGCGGCGGAGGCCCUGGCAGCGAUUCCUUUCUCAAAGGACGUCGACGGCGCUCAUUUCAUGGCCCAGGCGCGGGCGCCCUCGGAGGCCUUCGCUCCUCUGACCGCUGAGGGGGUGAUGCGUGCGCUGGACCACUACGGAAUUCAGGUCCAGGGGAUCCACGCAGUCAUCCUUGGACGAUCUCAUUUGGUGGGGCAGCCUUUGGCACUCUUGUUGGGCGCCCGGGGGGCCACGGUGACUCUUCUACACAGCCACAGCCAGGAUCACAAGUCCUUGUGCGAGAAGGCCGAUCUUCUUGUGUCGGCGGUUGGCAAGGCAAGGUUUGUGAAGAGCGACUGGAUCAAGCCGGGUGCUGUGGUCGUCAACGUCGGCACCACUUUCACCGGAGAGUCGAUCGUGCCAGACAUCCCUCCCAUCAGCGAGUUGGGCCACGCUUUCCUGGUCGUCCGCACUCUGGGCCCUACUUCGGUCGCUCUUUGCCUCCGCAACGUGGCCCAGGCUGCGGCAUUGCGCCCUGCCUUACCCGGGGCCACGGCUACUACGCCACUCCUCAGCAACGACGCCACCAUGCAGCAGUUGGCUUCGGUGCCGGGCUGGUCCCUCGCCUUCCACGAAAAACGGCCCUUCCUUACGAAGGAUUUCUGGUUCCCAGCCUACUCCGUGGCUUGCCAGGCCGUGCAGGAGGUGUGCCAGAAGGCAGAGCUCAUGAACCACCACCCGAAUCUGAAGCUCGCGCACCAUUGCACCCACGGGGCGGUCGUGACGGCCGAGAUCUCCACCUACGUCUCCGGUGGAAUCACGGACUUCGACUUCGCCUUAGCCAAGGCGAUGGAUCAGGUCUGCGCCUCCGAGGCUCCGGAUCUGCAGAAGCACGUGCCGGAGGUGCACAUGAAGGAUUUCGAGUACGAGUUGCCAGAGGAGCUGAUCGCGAAAUCCCCGGCGGAGGGCCGCAGGUCAAGGCUACUGCUCAUUGAGGGCAGAAAGGAGGACGGGUGCCAAGAACUCCAGGACCGCCAGUUCCUCGACUUGCCGAGCCUCCUUCCCUCAAGGGCACACCUGGUCUUCAACGAGUCGAAGGUCAUCUCGGCUCGGAUGUUCGCCCACAUGGACGCAUCAGGUCCACCCGUGGAGGUUAUGUUCCUUGCUCCCCACAGCCUGGCCGAAAUGCUGCCCACGAACGCCGCAGAAGCACUGCACCGGGCUUGCCACGGGCAGCUUUGGAAUGCCAUGAUCCGGAUGCCUCUUCGCGAGGCAGGUGCGAUCUUCACCGUUCCCUCGAAGUCUUCGGCAAGUUUGUCCGUGGAAGUGGUCCAGCUCUCCUCGAAGUGGGUCGAGGAAGGGGAGGCGGAAGGAGUGGAGGCGGUCGUCCGCCUGAGCUGCAGCGACCGGAGCCUCCUGGCGAGCGAGGCCUUCGGGCAGUUUGGGCACAUCCCGCUGCCGCCCUACAUGCGCCGAGAUGCUGAAGCCAAAGACUUGCAGGACUACCAAACCGUCUACGCCAAAGAAGACGCCUGCGGUAGUGUGGCGGCGCCCACGGCGGGGCUUCAUUUUACCGACGAGCUUCUGGGCAGCUUGGAGGCGAAGGGCAUCCGCCGCUCGCCCGUGACGCUCCACGUGGGUGCUGGGACGUUUCGCCCGGUGACGGCGAAGCAGGUGUCGGAGCACGCCAUGCAUACCGAGUCCUUCUCGAUGGAGGUUUCGGCCCUCGAGGAAGUAGCGAAGAGCUUGAAGGACAAGCGACCCGUGGUUGCUGUGGGAACUACCACAGUCCGGACCCUCGAAUCGCUUUACUGGUUGGCCAGCAACCCGCAGCGAAGCUUGGCGCAGGGCCUGCGCCUUGGGCAGUGGGAAGCCUACAGCAUGAAGGAGGAGGGUGCCGGUGGCUUGCCUGCAGCGGAGGCGCUGCAGCGACUCUGCGACGAGGCGAAGAAGGUCGGCUUAACCCACGUGGCCGGCUCCACGAGUUUGUGCAUCGUUCCAGGCUACCAGUUCAAGGUGGUCCACGAUCUCGUCACGAACUUCCACCAGCCGGACAGCACCCUGCUGCUGCUGGUCGCGGCCUUUACCUCUAGGGCCACCUUGCUCAAUGCCUAUGCCCAUGCGGUGGCUAACAAGUAUCGCUUCCUGUCCUAUGGCGAUGCUUGCUUGUUCCUGUCGGAAGAGACGGCCGCCGCGGCCAAGACCGAGCGUUCCGCAAGCAAUGCCCAGGACCCCAAAGCCACGAGGCAGCCGAAGGCAGGGGAGAAGGUGCUCCUACACUCUUGCUGCGCUCCAUGCUCAGGAGCCAUGAUUGAGGAAAUGCACACCAAAGGUCUGGACGUGACCAUCUUCUUCUACAAUCCAAACAUCCAUCCCCGCAAGGAGUAUGAGAUUCGCAAGAACGAGAAUGUUCGCUACGCAGAGGCCCUGGGAAUCCCCUUCGUCGACUGCGACUACGACGUGGAAGAGUGGUAUGCCCGAGCGAAGGGAAUGGAGUACUGCCUGGAGCGAGGGCCAAGGUGCUCCAUGUGCUUCGACAUGCGGCUUGAGCGAACUGCUCUUCAUGCUCAUGAGCAUGGUUUCCAAUGGUUUACGACGACCAACGCAACCAGCAGGUGGAAGGAUGCGCAGCAAGUCAAUGCAUCGGGUGUGAAGGCUGCAUUCAACUAUCCUGGCACGACCUACUGGGUGUAUGACUGGCAGACGGAGUCCAUGAAUGAGAGAAAAUACGAGGUGAAUGCCAAGCAUCAGUUCUACAAGCAGGAGUAUUGUGGCUGCAGCUACAGCCUCCGCGACAACAACUACUUCCGGUCGAAGGAUCGGCCUCACAAGCCCGAAACUGCAAGCCCCAUGGGACUUGUCCCCUAA